UGCUGGGAUGAUGAAGCAGACUUUAGCAGAUGACACGGAAGAUGUCUCUCUUGACUUUGGAAAUGAAGAGGAGCUGGCAUUAAGGAAAGCAAAAAUCAGGCACCCGCUGGCCACCUUCUUCCACCUCUUCUUCCGAGUGAGCGCCAUCGUGACCUACUUAUUCUGCGACUGGUUCAGCAAGAGCUUCAUCGUCUGCUUUGUCGUCAUCCUUCUCCUGCUGUCCUUCGACUUCUGGUCUGUGAAGAAUGUUACAGGAAGGCUACUGGUUGGCUUGAGAUGGUGGAACCAGAUUGAUGAGGACGGGAAAAGCCACUGGGUGUACGAAGCAAAGAAGGUCCCUUCCACUGCAGCUGCCCCAACGGAAGUAGAAGCACGGAUAUUCUGGCUGGGGCUGAUCAUUUGCCCUGUGAUUUGGACACUCUUUUUUUUUAGCACCUUGUUUUCGUUGAAGCUGAAAUGGCUGGCACUUGUGAUAGCCGGCAUCUGCCUCCAAGCUGCGAACCUCUAUGGCUACAUCCACUGUAAACUGGGAGGGUCGCAAACCAUCCACAGAGUCACCUCACGGUUUCCAGCACAGCCGAUGUUCCAGAGGGAAGUGCCAGAGGAAUUUCAGAAGGCUGUUCUGAAGGGGACACGAAACCAUUAGAGGAGCUGAACGAGAAACGAGUGCUGAGAGACUGCCAAUCCUGAAGGGGAUCUAUUGUGUGAAUAUGGAACAUCAUCAACAACUUUACAUGCUGAAAACGACUAAAGAACAGAACUGGAGCAGGCGAAAGAGAAGCAUAUGGAAGUGAUUGCUAAGGAACACUCCUGAAACGGAAAGACAGGUGCACAUGUUUCUAAAUAAAAGCACUCCUA